GGCAACAUAUUUAUUCUGUUUUCACUACAAUUCCCAUGAUCCUUUUUUAAUGUCGUAAAGCACGGGUUUAUGAUCCAGACGCAAACGCGGAUGUAUUUGAUCUUCAUUGAUAUCUGUAUCAGUGAUCCGCCGGGUCAAACUUAUCGAUGGCGUGCCCGUUCCACCAGCCAGCUAAGCUGAACGAAGCCAUCUCUCCUCUUGAUUGGCUCCUGGGUAACUGGGAAUCAGUCGAGCCCGGAGAGGGGUCCUUCCCCAGCCUAAAGCCCUUCCGCUACACGGAGGCCCUCCACUUCACCCAAGUGGGACAGCCCAUCAUCAACUUUAUGUUCAAUGCCUCCGAUGUGGAGACGAAGAAGCCACUUCACAGGGAGUGUGGCUUCAUCCGAAUGCAGACGGGCACCAACCGAGUGGCGUUCAUCGUCGCACAGAACUCUGGACUGGUGGAGGUUGAGGAGGGGGAGCUGGUGGGAAAGCAGCUGAGCCUGCACACCCACGCUCUGGCCAGGACAUCGUUUGCCAAGGAGCCCCACGUCAAGGAGGUCUCCAGAGUGUUCCAGCUCCGACCAGACGGGAAGCUGGAGCAGACGGUUUCCAUGUCAACGGACAAGCAGCCAAUGACGCGGCACCUGCACAUCACCUACAGACGCUUGCCUUGACGCAUACGAAGACCACCUUCUGUGUUUGUGCGAAAAAAAUAAUUACCUGAUCUGCAAUUUAUGUGGCCGGAAAUGGAAGACAAGACUUGAAUUCAUGUUGCAUUUACAUAUAAAUGGAAUCUCGCUGUUCACUUUAUUAUUUCAACCUCAAAACUUUGCUUUGCACAUAUGGGUAAUCACCAAGGAUUAAGGAGAACAUCUCAUGCACUAUUCAAUGGUUUUAUUGUUUAUGUAUAAACAUGUAUUGUACAGACAAGACUUGAAUUCAUGUUGCAUUUACAUAUAAUUGGAAUCUCGCUGUUCACUUGGCCGCCAUACAGUUUAACACGAAUGCCGUCAUGAGGGUGCUUCACGAAGUGGCAAAACGCAAUGCAUUGUGGCUGUGGAGCUUGUUUUAAAAUGGACCUUAUCCUUUUCUCAAGUGAGGUUAAUAAAUCACAUUGACAGUC